AUGCAUGCCCUGGCUCAAAUCAGCAACCAGCUGGCUACCCUUCAGCAGCUCCCACUGCAGUUGGCGAUACCCAGUCUAGUUAUUCUGGGUGGUGACGUCAUCGAUGCAGCUGGACUGGCUGACAGUAAACUGGACGCCACUCCCAGACUCCUGAUAGAAAUGGUAAAAGAAGGCAAGCUGCAUGACAUCUUCGGAAUCACAGUCAUUUUACAUUUCCAGAUUACAGACAAGUUUAAAGACAUUGCCGUUCAUUUUUCCAAAGAUGAGUGGGCAGAGCUAAGUGAAUGGGAAAAAAUCCGUUAUAAGAAUGUGAAGCGAAACUAUGAGGCCAUGCUUGCAAUAGGAUUGAAUGUACCAAAGCCAGCAUUCAUGUCAAGACAUGGAAGGAGGCGUCAGCCCUGUGUGUAUGAGUCUAGUGAUUCGGAUGAAGAUUGGAUGCCUAAACUUCUUGUGGAAAACCCGCCACCAAUGAGAACCUAUGAGCUACCUUUCAAGAAUGAAGGUACCCAGAAGAUCAAAAAAGAGAAUACCAAAAAGAACCAAAAAUCAGCAUCAUCGAUUGCAUCCCAUUCAGAAGAGGAUAAAGAUGAAGGCUUUGGGGGCUCCCCUGAUGACACUGCCUCAGCUAGGGAAGAGUCAGUUUCAGUUAAAAAGAUCAACAGAGAAACAAGUACCUUGGUUUGUGAAACUGAAUCUCAUAGUGAAUCCAAUAAAGGUGUUUGCACUGGAAAUAUUUUGGUGUCUGCAAAUGAACAAGUGACCAAAGAGACUGAAAGUAGAAGAUAUAGUUUGAGAAAUAGAGAGAGAAAAGUUUACACAGAAGAAAGGGAACUUUGUGAUGAUGAUUACUUGUUUUGUGAAGACUGUGAGACAUUUUUUAUUGAAGAAUGCCCUGUGCACGGUCUUCCAGUGUUCAUAAAGGACACAGUUGUUGAAUUCAGUCGGUCAGACAGAGCACGUCUAACCCUUCCAGAGGGUCUCAGCAUUGCAACUUCAAAGAUUCGAAAAGCUGGUCUUGGUAUAUGGAACGAAGGGAAGAUUAUUCCCAAAGGAGUUCACUUUGGACCCUAUGAAGGAGUAGUAUCAAAUGAAGAAUCAGCUGCUGUCAGUGGGUACUCAUGGAUGAUCAGUAAAGGCAAACAAGAUUUUGAAUACAUUGAUGCGAAGGAUGAAUCUAAAUCAAAUUGGAUGAGAUUUGUUAACUGUGCCAGAAAGGAAGAGGAGCAGAACCUUGUGGCCUUUCAGCACUGCGGCAGAAUUUAUUACAGGACCUGCAAGCCUGUUCCUCCUCGGUGUGAGCUGCUGGUCUGGUAUGGUGAUGAAUACGCCAAGGAACUCGGGAUCAAAUGGAUUGCAAUGUGGAUGGCAAAACAAGAACCAAAAUAUGAAUGUCAUCCUUGCCCUCAUUGCAGUGUUGCAUUUACCACUGCCGCUUUUCUUCAGAAGCACAUCAGAAGACAUCCUGAAUCCAGUGGACAAAUUUCUUCAGGACAAAACUGUCCUUCCAGCACUGGUCUUUUGCAGCAGCAGAAUGUGCAGGGACCAUUCACACAAUCUGUACAGGGGAAAGAAUUUAUAAAAUCAAAUGAUCUUCACCUGCAUCAGCGGAUCCACACAGGAGAGAGACCCAAGAAGUGUACGGAUUGUGGAAAGAGUUUCACAUGGUCUAGGAGCCUCCACAAUCACCAGUGGAUCCACACAGGAGAGAGACCUUAUAAAUGUACGGAUUGUGGAAAGAGUUUCACACAGGCUGGGCACCUCCAUAGGCACCAGCGGAUCCACACAGGAGAGAGACCCUAUAAAUGUACAGAUUGUGGAAAGAGUUUCACAUGGGCUAGGGACCUCCAUAGGCACCAGCGGAUCCACACAGGAGAGAGACCCUAUAAAUGUAUGGAUUGUGGAAAGAGUUUCACACGGGCUGGGCACCUCCAUAGGCACCAGCGGAUCCACACAGGAGAGAGACCCUAUAAAUGUAUGGAUUGUGGAAAGAGUUUCACACGGGCUGGGCACCUCCAUAGGCACCAGCGGAUCCACACAGGAGAGAGACCCUAUAAAUGUACAGAUUGUGGAAAGAGUUUCACACAGGCUGGGCACCUCCAUUAUCACCAGCAGAUCCACACAGGAGAGAGACCUUAUAAAUGUACGAAUUGUGGAAAGAGUUUCACAAGGGCCGGGCACCUCCGUAGACACCAGCGGAUCCACACAGGAGAGAGACCUUAUAAAUGUUCGGAUUGUGGAAAGAGUUUCACACGGGCUGGGCACCUCCAUAGGCACCAGCGGAUCCACACAGGAGAGAGACCUUAUAAAUGUUCGGAUUGUGGAAAGAGUUUCACACGGGCUGGGCACCUCCAUAGGCACCAGCGGAUCCACACAGGAGAGAGACCCUAUAAAUGUACAGAUUGUGGAAAGAGUUUCACAAGGGCCGGGCACCUCCAUAGACACCAGCGGAUCCACACAGGAGAGAGACCUUAUAAAUGUUCGGAUUGUGGAAAGAGUUUCACAUGGGCUGGGGACCUCCAUAGGCACCAGCAGAUCCACACAGGAGAGAGACCCUAUAAAUGUACAGAUUGUGGGAAGAGUUUCACAAGGGCUGGACACCUCCAUUAUCACCAGCGGAUCCACACAGGAGAGAGACCCUAUAAAUGUACGGAUUGUGGGAAGAGUUUCACGCAGGCUAGGAGCCUCCACGAUCACCAUUGGAUCCACACAGGAGAGAGUCCCUAUAAAUGUACGAAUUGUGGAAAGAGUUUCACAAGGGCCGGGCACCUCCAUAGACACCAGCGGAUCCACACAGGAGAGAGACCUUAUAAAUGUUCGGAUUGUGGAAAGAGUUUCACAUGGGCUGGGGACCUCCAUAGGCACCAGCAGAUCCACACAGGAGAGAGACCCGAUAAAUGUACAGAUUGUGGGAAGAGUUUCACAAGGGCUGGACACCUCCAUUAUCACCAGCGGAUCCACACAGGAGAGAGACCCUAUAAAUGUACGGAUUGUGGGAAGAGCUUUGUUUAUAUGUAUCAGCUGAAAGCUCACACUUAUUUUGAAACCUGCCAUCAUUGUAGGAAAGUCUUCAAAGAUCCAGCAGCUUUCAAAAUUCACCUGAGAAGAUGUUUUGAAACAGAACGAUAA